GCUUAGUGACAGCAGGUUGUUGUUAUGGCUGCAACCAGCUAUUAAGCUAAAAGAAUUAGAAGAACUCCACGUUAAUUCCUUCAUUUUUACGUUUGUAGGUUUGUCUAUCCUAUAACAAAAUACACGUUAUUAAUUCUUCAUGCGAGGAUAAACUCGUCCCAGUGAACCUGGAAGCUUCUCGGGUAGCAUAGCUUGCUAGAUGCUAACAAAGACAGGCGGAAGUUAGCAACACAUCGCUGAGCAAAGUGUGGUGGGGUGUGUGUGUGUGUGUGUAAAGUGUCGCUAUUGUGUGAAAAUGUGUAAAGUGCAAAUGCUGAGGGCGCUGGUGAAUCAGCGGCUAAUUGCGGCUGUCGAAGACAUUUUUGUAGUGUUGGAAAGAACGAUAGCAGAGUACGAGGAGGAACUUUGUCGGACGAAAGAGGAGAACGAGCGGCAGCGUCAACUACUGGACGCUGUUUUCAAGGAUCAUCAAGUUGUGUUACACACAGCAGAUAUCAGUGACCAACAUCUUCCCGCUGAGCAGCAGGAGUGGAGCUCCAGGAUGGAGGAGGAGGAACCACAGCCCCCCCACAUUAAAGAGGAAGAGGAGGAGCCACAGCCCCUCCACAUUAAAGAGGAAGGCGAGCAUGACAGCAUCAGUCAAAGAGGAGAACAUUGUGAAGGACUGGAGGACUUUCCAAUGAUUGGUGUCCCUGUGAAGCAUGAGGAUGAUGAAGAGGAAUGUCAAAGUGAGGAGAACAGAGAGGUGGAGCCUCCAAGCAACAGCUUCACUCAACACAUGAUAACAGAAUCUGAUGGAGACCACUGUGGAGGAUCACAAGCUCACAGCCCCUUAGCGCCACUACCAGAUGGUGACGAUGCGACAUCACGCUUUCCUGACACGGACGAUGAAGACCCUAAAGCCGAUAUAACAUGCAACACUGACAACACGCACGUUAAAUGCUCUCAAUGUGGGAAAACUUUUACCCACAAGGGAAAUCUAAAGGUACACAUGAACAUCCACACAGGAGAGAAACCAUUCAUGUGCUCAGUUUGUGGGAAGCGAUUCUUUCGGAAGGAACAUUUGAUAACACACACAAGAAUACACACCGGAGAGAAACCUUUUUCCUGUUCAGUCUGCGGUAAAGGUUUUACACGAGAUCAGUAUUUGAAAAUACACAUGAGAACGCACACAGGAGAAAAACCUUUCACCUGCUCAAUCUGCGACAAGAGCUUUUGUGACCGAAGAACACUUGUAACGCACAUGAGAACACACACUGGUAACAAAGUGUUUAGUUGCAGUGUGUGCCAUGAAAGAUUCUCUUAUAAGUACCAAGUUAACAAUCACAAGUGUGCUGGUGAUGAAGCUGCAGGACUCAGGGUACCUUAACAAGUUCCAAAUCCAAUAAAUUCAAUUUAAAGAGUCCCUGACGUGAUUCAGCAACUUUGCUUAAAUAUGUUAUAUAUUAUUUGUAAUUAUCUUCUACAUUGUUCCAUUUUUGAAAGCAAACGGUAAAUUGGCAAAAAUGGCAUUUAUAGUUGAUGGCGCCAGCCGUGACGAGUUAGCUCUCACUGUUCAGCCUCAUUUCCGGAAGUGAUGUCAUCGGGGUGACACCUCUCAGCUAAAGCAGAGUAAACAAACACUUCCCGAGGUAGAUGGUGGACUUGGUUCAGUUUGUUUUUCAUCCAAAUAGUAGUCAUACCAAAAUGUUGUGUUGCUGCUGGAUGUUCAUAGUACUCGAGUGAUAUUGUAAAUUUGUUUUCUUUUCCAAUGGACGAAGCAAGUUCAGAGAAUGAGAGACAGACGCCCACCUCGAGUUCUGUUCUUUGCAGUGAUCAUUUCACUGAUGACUGCUUUGAAGGAAGACUUUUACAGGAAGCAUUUGGUGGAAAGUACGCUAUAAACGCAUUUUGAAAAAUGAUGCUAUUCCAUCGGUACACUGGAUUAAAAAACCCCCAAGAAGAACAACGUCAGAGUUGCCACAGAAUCUUUUCAGAGCCAUGUAUAUGUUUACUGUGGGCAUCAGUGGUGACGGCCAUGACAUAAAAUAAAUCAGGCGAUAAAGACCCCUUUACGCUCAUUAAGAAGCCGAUUUAAAACAAUACUCGAAGAAUAAACAACUUAAUUUACGCUUACCAUUCUGUGUUUUGAAGGUGACCAAUCUUCUUUUCCAUGUUAAGGCUUAAGUCCAUCUUCUGCAAGUUCUCUAUUUCAUCUCCAAAGGUUUUUCCCUCCUCGAAAACUAUUGACACAUGGCUCAAAUGUUGGCUAUAAACACUGUAAACAUCCUCUGUCUCGUACGGCGCCAUGUUUGUUUACCUGAGUGAAAGUUUUCUCGAUUGCGUCACGGCUCGUCACGGCUGGCGCCAUCAACUAUAUAUGUCACUUAUACGAAAUUAACAUUCGCUUUCAAAUAUCGAGCAAUGUAGAGCAUAGUUACAAACAAUAUAUAACAAAGUUGAUGACUCAUGUUGGGGGACCCUUAAAGACCUCAAAAUGUCCAACUUUAAGUAUGACUUUGAAGGGUCUUAAAACUGUAUUAGCAUUACAUAUUAUUUAAGACAAAUGCAUGAACUUCAAUCCCACUGUUAAAUGUUUCAAUUUCUGAGGAUGCUACAACAUAACUACAAAACGUAACUAAAGUACCUGUGCAGCCCCAUCACAGCACAACAAGCUGGUGUGUCGUGAGCGCGCCGCGGUGAGUUACAGCAGAGAAGCUUAAAGAAAGCCCACAGCGAAGCUGAAUUAAUUGUUGAAGAUGUUUUACAUAAUUUAGUUAAGCAUUUUAUGUUCCAAUGUGACAGAGCUGUGAACAAAUUCAUACACUUUACAAGUUUUCCUUCAUGUCUUUUGUAUUUUUUUCCUGCCACUACUGUAUGGAUAUGAAAUGGGUCUUAAAUUGCAUUCAUUGCGGUCUUCAAAAAGUCUUACAUUUGCAGACGCCUGUUUUAAAUGACGUGUCAAGACUUGGACAUCAUCGCAUAGAGGGAAACGUGUGACAUCGUUGUUGUGUAACACGGUCUUGCUAAUGCGCUUCUACUGUUUAAAACCCCUGCGGGUUUGGGGUGUAGAAUAGGCCCGCUGUACUCCCAGCAGGUUGUAACAGACGACUAAGUGGGACGGUCUGUUUGCUGUGGACUGCGACCCGUGUCGGGGGAGAAAGGGAUCCUGGUGAUUGAGUGGAUGGUGAGACUGCGGUCCUCCUGAAGCAACACAUCACUUUGGCCCUGGCUUCAUCUCGUCGGGUAGUUAUAUAGGCCUGGAUAUAACCAAUCGGCUGGUGGUGUUUAGCCCUAAAAUACAACGAAAGUAACAUAAUUAAUAUUAAUUAAUAUUUACAUUACUUUGUAAUCUACAUAACUGUGAAUUAACCAUCUUUAUCUAGAUUUGUAUUCUAGAAGGCAGCUGCUUAAUCAGGUCAAUCGGGGUGUAACUUAUUACGUUCAGAGUAUAGUACUGUUGUAUCCCUGUCGUCAGUAUAAGAUGUUUUUCUUUAUAUAUAUGGCGUCCCCUUGUUGGGCUCGGUGGUGGGUGGGGAGCAAUGGUGCUGAAUCCUAAAUCAUUCACUAUGGCAUCUAAAACAAAACAAAGGAAGAGAAGUAGAUCAAGUGACUCUAACGAGGACCAGAAAUCUUUCCCAAGAUUCCUGGUCAUUCAGGGUAGCGAUCCGAACCAGCCACUCAAAUUGUCGCUUUUCGCGAUUAACAAAGGCAUUGAGGGGCUGGCCGGAUCUGUCAGGACAAUAUCCUGCCUAAGAUAUAUAGGUAUAUCUAAGGCAGGGGUCACCAACGUUUGUCCUUGUGAGAGCUACUUUUACAAAAUGAAAAUGGCCAAGAGCUACUCAUUUUUGUAACAUUUAUUUUCAGAGCUUAUUUUAAACCCAAACAAAGCGAAUAUGCUUGUUUUACCAGAACAUGAACAAAAUGCUAGUGUCCACAACUCACAUGUUGUAUUUCACAAUGCAUUUCUUUCUACUGUUCUUUCAUUAUUAACUGAAAACCUGAAUGAAAAGCAGGCUCGCGGGCACCUCAUGUGGUCGUGGGGGGCUACCUGGUGCCCGCGGGCACCACGUUGGUGACCCCUGAUCUAAGGUAUAUCCCCAGUAUAUCUGGGGAUAUACUGGAGGAAGUGGACAGGACGGCACAAGCACAUAAUCUGUCGAAGGUAAAGACAUUUGUAAAUAUACCGGUAAAGGUGUCUGCACACAAAACUCUGAACUCCUGCAAGGGAGUUAUCCGUUGCCCUGAACUCGUGGACUGUGAUAACGCUGAAAUUUUAGAUGAGCUUUCAGACCAAGAUGUUACCGACGUUUUUAGAGUAACAACUAAUCACAGCGGAUCUCCCAGCAUUUAUCAAAGUUGGGUAUUUGAGAGGGAAAGUAGAUCCAUACAUCCAUUUUCUAUACCGCUUCAUCAUCAUUAGGGUCGCGGGGGCAUGCUGGAGCCUAUCCCAGCUGACUUCGGGCGACAGGUGGGGCACACCCUGGAGUGGUCGCCAGCCAACGGCAGGGCACAUAUAGACAAACAACCAUUCACACGCACAUUCAUACCUAUGGACAACUUAGAGUCGCCAAUUAACCUAACCUGCAUGUUUUUGGAAUGUGGGAGGAAGCCGGAGUACCCGGAGAAAACCCACGCGCACACAGGGAGAACAUGCAAACUCCACACAGAAAUGCCCAGGGGCGAAUCAAACCCAGGCCUUCCCAAUCUCCUGACUGUUCCUUUAUUGGCCAAUGUGCUAACCACUAGACCACCAUGCGGCCUGAAAGUAGACCCAUACAUUCCAAAUCCGAUCCGGUGCUUCAAAUGUCAAAGGUUUGGACAUUUCAAAACAUAUUGUAAAAGUCCGGAGUGCUGUGUGAAAUGUGGCGAAGAAGGACAUGUGGCUUCCGACUGCAGAGGCCAACCUAAAUGCGUAAACUGCGGUGAAUCACAUUCGGCUGAUGCGAGAAAUUGUGCAAAGUGGGUAGAGGGAAGAAAAAUUCAAGAAAUAAAGACCUUAAACCAUCUUUCUUACCUCGAAGCUCGCAAGCGCUUUCAGACACAACACAAUUGCGGCAUCACCUAUGCAGAUAGGGCAGGGUUGGCCACUGCAGUGGGACCUCAGAAAGUGACAGGUGGACCCCGUUCUGAUGCAAUUGCACAGACGGAGCUUACCUGGGUAACGGGUAGUACUCCAGUCCCGAUCAAGAAAAGCUCUUCUACAAUUACUGCAAAGGCCAUUCACCAAAUUACAAACAGGGAUCACCAAAAAAAGGACGGACGAAAACAAAUGAAAAUCGUAGAAGUCGAAGCCUGUCACGAGAUCCUCCUGCCAGAAGUGCUUCUGGUAGUGGUGCAGCUCGCAAUGGCCAACAAACGAAAAAGCAAGCGGAUAAAGUAAAAAAUGUUCAGCCAAAGCUUAAUGUGCCACAAAGUUUAACUACUAAAAAUAACUAUGAAGUUCUAUCUAUUGAGGGGGAAGAUGAUAUGGACGUGACUCCCCCCACCACUCAGACGUCCAAAAUACAAGUUGUCAAAAAGAAAGACAAUACUUAAAUGGGUAAUGAUAAAGAAAUAGCCGUCAUUCAAUGGAAUUGCCGUGGUCUGAAACCAAAUUAUGAGGAAAUAAAGCGU